ACAACCACGCGGACGCAGACACGAAGGUCCCCCUGGGGAUCUGAGAUUGGUGAGCUGGAGCGUCAUGUUAUUUUGACCGCAAGACGCCACUAGAUCAGCGUACUUCUGCGCUAUCUUGCGCCUGCAGUGAUCCCUGAAUAGAUAAAGGCGCUUGCCGUCCUCAAUGCCGACAGUCAUUCGCCAUAGCGCGUCAACGGAAGAACAGUCCCGUGAAGCUGAGCGUCGGCGCGCGCUGCAGCGGUCCCGGGACAUUGACGAAGAGCUGCAAGAGACGAAGAGGGCGCUCGACAAGAAGCGUAAGGCUAUCAAGCUGCUUCUACUAGGGCAGUCUGAGUCGGGAAAGACGUCCCUUGUCAAGAACUUUCAGAUGGCCUUCACCCCAACCAGGUUCGGCGCGGAACGUGCGGCAUGGAGGACGAUCGUCCAACUGAACGUGAUAAGUACAAUUAAGCGUAUACUGGCAUAUCUUGAGUUCGCGGUCGCUCAAACGACAUCUCAUGAGGACGUCUCGACUUUGGGAAGCCCUGUACGGCGCUACCGGCUGGCUCUUUCGCCCCUCCUCGCCAUGGAAGAGAACUUGAAGCGCGAACUCACGACCGACACCCUGAACGAAGAUUACGCCGACGUCUGCGUGCGCGCUGGCGGGGGCUGGAAGACGACGCUGAACGGCAUCCUCCAGAACCGCUCAGCAUCGCCACGCCUGCGUCAAGAUGCCGGAGAUAACGAGAACCUACUCACGGCGUCGAAGAACCAGAUCGUCGACAUGUGGGAAGACCCGUGGGUACAGGACACCUUGCGCAGUAUUGGGGCGAACAUUGAACAGACACCGGGAUUUUUCCUCGAUGAUAUUGAGCGUGUUGCGGCACCGAAUUAUGAACCCACGGACACUGACAUUAUACGUGCACGUAUACGCACCGUAGGCGUGGAGGAACACCACUUUGUUAUGGAGAAGGGCUUGCCAGGCUCUGAGUUUUACAUUACGGACGUGAGCGGGAGUAAGAGCACUCGUCAUCAAUGGAUACCCUAUUUCGACGAUGCGCAAGCAAUCCUUUUCUUGGCACCACUUUCCUUCAACAUGAUGCUUCCCGACGACCCACGGACGAAUCGAUUGGAAGAUAGCAUUGGCCUGUGGAAGAUGAUAUGUUCCAAUAAACUGUUGCAGAAGUGCAAUCUGAUCCUUUUCUUGAACAAACGCGAUAUCCUGGAACAGACAUUGAAGUCCGGUGUACAAGUCAAGGACUGGGUACCUAGUUAUGGGGAUGCUCCGAACGAAGUGGACCAUGUUACGACCUAUUUCCGCGAGCGCUUUAAACUUAAUCAGAAACGUCUCUCUCCUAUACCCCGCCCUUUCAUGUGCUACUCCACUGCUGCUAUCGACACGAAGGCCACCACUGCGCUACUCGUAGCGGUGCAUACGACCCUCAUACGCGAACACUUACGCCAGACCGAGCUCAUCUGAAUGAUACCGAACACUCAUUGCGCCGCAGGGCAUAUCCUGCGAGCGGGCUCAAUAACUUUCACGCACUGCUUACAUUUGUAUCAGUAUCUCUAUAUCUGCUGUAUUG